GGAAAAAUAAAGAUGGCGGCUUACUUGCAGUGGCGGCGUUUCGUCUUCUUUGAGAAGGAGCAGGUGCGGGCACCUGGUGAAGGUGGAAGUCUGCUUACCAUGCCGUCUGGUCUGACUGUCUGCGACUCUGGACGCGGCAGCCUCCUCUUCGGGGAUAUGACAGGAAAUAUAUGGUUCCUUCCCCGCUCCCUGCAGCUUACCUCUUUUCAGGCAUACAAAUUGCGUGUAACUCAUCUUCAUCAACUGAAGCAGCACAACAUACUGGUUUCUGUUGGAGAGGAUGAGGAGGGAAUCAAUCCACUGGUAAAAGUUUGGAACCUGGAAAAGCGAGAUGGGGGAAGCCCGCUUUGCACAAGAAUUUUUCCAGCCAUUCCUGGUAAUAAACCCACCGUAGUGUCAUGCAUCACAGUCCAUGAAAACCUCAACUUUAUGGCAAUUGGCUUUGCUGAUGGAAGUGUUGUCCUUACCAAGGGUGAUAUAACACGUGACAGACACAGUAAGACUCAGAUCUUGCAAGAGGGUAGUUACCCAGUCACAGGAAUGGCAUUCAGACAGACUGGUAAAACCACACACCUCUUUGUGGUCACCACAGAAAAUGUGCGGUCAUAUGAGCUGACACAGAAGGAUUAUCCAUAUACUGAACUGGACUCCCAUGGCUGUGGUCUGAGGUGCUCUGCUUUGUCUGAUCCUUCUCAGGACUUGCAAUUUGUGGUGGCAGGGAAUGAAUGUGUGUACUUAUAUCAGCCAGAUGAGAGGGGACCUUGCUUUGCCUUUGAAGGACAGAAGAUGAUCGUGCACUGGUAUCGAGGAUAUCUCAUUAUAGUAUCAAAAGACAGAUUAGAGUUUGCUGGACGUGCAGGGGAUAGCCAGGCAAUGGAUAGACAAACACUGACUAUAUAUGACCUAAGCAACAAGCUGAUUGCCUACAGCAGUGCUUUCACAGAAGUCGUGGAUGUUCUGGCAGAGUGGGGUUCCUUGUAUGUUUUGACACGUGAUGGACUACUGCACGCUUUACAUGAAAAGGACACACAAACCAAAUUGGAGAUGUUGUUUAAGAAGAACCUCUUUGUUAUGGCCAUUUCUCUAGCAAAGAGCCAGCAUUUAGACAGUGAUGGCCUUUCUGAGAUCUUUCGUCAGUAUGGCGACCACCUUUACAACAAGGGAGACCACGAUGGAGCAAUCCAGCAGUAUAUUAGGACGAUUGGUAAGCUAGAGCCCUCUUAUGUGAUUCGCAAGUUUCUGGAUGCUCAGAGGAUACACAAUUUGACUGCAUAUCUUCAGGCUUUGCAUCUACAAUCUCUUGCCAAUGCAGACCACACAACGUUGCUGUUAAACUGUUACACCAAGCUAAAGGACAGUGCCCGCCUAGAGGAAUUCAUUAAGGCCAGUGAAGGAGAGGUGCGGUUCGAUGUAGAAAUAGCCAUAAAGGUUCUUCGACAAGCUGGGUAUCACUCUCAUGCCCUCUACCUUGCAGAAAAGCAUGCCCAUCAUGAGUGGUACCUAAAGAUUCAACUUGAGGACAUUAAGAAUUUUCAGGAGGCACUUCAGUACAUUGGACGUCUUCCCUUCCCUCAAGCUGAGAGUAACAUGAAACGCUAUGGGAAAACUCUUAUGUGUCAUGUACCCAAUGAGACCACCCAGUUACUGAAUAAUCUGUGUACUAGUUUCCCUCAGAAUGGUGAGGGUAGCAGGGCCAAUCCUGAGGAGUUUAUUCCAAUCUUUGCGAACAACCCUUCAGAGCUGAAGACAUUUCUUGAGCACAUGAUAAAAGAGCACAGUGAUUCCCCUCAGGGUGUCUAUGACACACUGUUGGAGCUGCGGUUGCAGAAUUGGGCUCAUGAGUUGGACCCACAGUUAAAGAAUCAGCUUCAUGAUGAUGCUAUAUCCCUACUGAAGAGUGGUCGCUUUAAGAAUGUGUUUGAUAAGGCUCUAGUCUUGUGCCAGAUGCACAAUUUUCAGAAUGGAGUGCUGUACCUGUACGAGCAGGGUAAACUCUUCCAGCAGAUCAUGCAUUAUCACAUGCAGAAUGAUCAGUAUCAGAAAGUCAUAGAAGCCUGUGAGCGAUAUGGAGAGCAGGAGACCUGUCUUUGGGAGCAAGCACUUAGCUACUUUGCCAGAAAGGAAGAAGACUGCAAGGAAUACAUUGCUAUGGUUUUGGGGCACAUUGAGAACAGGAACCUCAUGCCACCACUGUUGGUUGUUCAAACCCUGGCACAUAACUCCACUGCGACUCUGUCUGUAAUUCGUGAGUACUUGAUCAACAAAAUGCAGAAGCUGAGCCAGAAGAUUGAGGAGGAUGAGAGAACAGUGCAUCAGUACAGAGAGGAUACUGCACGCAUUCGCCGAGAGAUCCAAGAACUCCGCACCAGCCCCAAAAUUUUCCAGAAGACAAAGUGCAGUAUAUGUAGCAGCAGUCUUGAGCUGCCAUCUGUGCAUUUCUUGUGUGGUCACUCCUUCCACCAGCACUGCUUUGAGAGCUAUGCAGAAAAUGAUGUGGACUGCCCUACCUGCCUGCCUGAGAACAGGAAAGUCUUAGAUAUGAUCCAAGCACAGGAGGAGAAGAGAGAACUUUAUGACCAGUUCCAGCACCAGUUAAAGCAUUCAAGCGAUGGAUUUAGUGUUGUGGCAGAUUAUUUUGGCCGUGGGGUUUUCAACAAAUUGACACUCAUAACAGAUGCACCUACUGGGAGAAUGGGCAAGUCGAAGGAAGCCGGCCUGCAGCGAGAACUUCUGAUCAACACCAAGAGGAAAGCGUAAUCCGCUGAAUGACCAGAUCCAGCUCCCCAACAAAGCAACAUUCACUCUUGCACAUUUACUCCAUUUCUAAAAUGGUUUUAUAGAGACUGCAGCUGUUGUUUCCUGGAUAAUGUAUGAUAAAUACCACACAUUAUCUUCAUAAAUAAACCUUUGCAGAGAGAGGGUUGGGAGUAAGGGGCAGUAACUAAGUAAUAGAAUUAGGCCAGGGUAUAUUAUAUGGGCACAUAAGAACUUUUCCAAACAGCCAGGUAGAGAACCCAAAACAAAAUGCUGUUAGGGUUAUAUAUUGUGAAUUAAUGGUUUUCUGAAAUGUGUCAAGUCUGAUAAAAACGCUUGUAUAUAAAAUUGUAUAUAUGCCCGCCCUGUGUAUAGUGAUUGCUCUAUGGUGGCAAACGGUUGGAAGGCCAGCAGAUCUGUGUGUUGCUUAGCAAUAUGUUGCAUUCAUAACAGGAGUUUUUUUCCCACUGCCUGUCCCAUUUUGUACAGAAUAACAAAGCUGUUUAAAUGCAAAAUUCUUAAACAGAUGGUUUAAAAUUAGUUUUAUUUACAUUUUAUUUAAGCAGUAUCUCCCCAGAUUGGGAAACUUACCCUGUUGUUAUAUUUAUUUAAUAAAAUGAGGCUUCUUAGUAACCAUAGAAAUGUCAUGUAGGCACUUAACUGUGUACCAACUACAAAACUGUAGCCCCGUUGCGUUGGGAGUAACAAAAGAUAACAAGUCCAACCCUGAAGGUCAAUUACGGCAAUAAUGGGGUGCCUGAAUAUAUAGCAGGGGGGCAUAUUAAACAAACCUGAAAUCAAUUGAGUUAACAAUCUGCCCAACAGUAUUAUCCUAUGAUUAUUGCAGUAUAGCUUUAUAAAGUUUAUUCAUCAGCCCCUGUGCCAAUGUAGCUUGCAAUCAGUGUCCCUGCCACAUUCAUAUACACUAUGGUCAGACUUUAUCAGGGGUUAAUGUACAUUCUUCUUCUUGGUUUACAUGUGUAAGCAGAGGUGUAAUUUGGAGUUUGCAAUUACUGGCUCAGUAAGCCUGGUCUUUAUACAGUACUGUACCUUAGUUACUGCCAUUUCUUGUUCACUUAUGAUGACUAAACAAAAACCAAGAUGUUCUUGUCAGAAUGUGCACAAGAUCUAAUAACAUAGUAGAUGAGGUUGGGGAAAAAAAACAAUGUUGGUCAAGUUCAACCAAUUUUCUCUAAGCCAAACUUGCCUAACUGCUAGUACUUGUUUUCAUGGAUGUGGUUUUUCCCUCCCUACAAGGCUACCAAUCACUAUGCUUUAUGGUGAAGGAGAGGGCAAAUUCAAAUAAACAAUGUUAAACAACAUA